CGUUUGUGAAUAAUAAUGCCGCCGAAAACAAGUGGGAAGGCAGCCAAAAAGGCUGGUAAGGCUCAAAAAAACAUUACCAAGAAUGACAAGAAGAAGAAGCGCAAGAGGAAGGAAAGCUAUGCUAUCUACAUUUACAAAGUGCUCAAGCAGGUCCACCCUGACACCGGCAUUUCGUCAAAGGCGAUGAGCAUAAUGAACAGCUUUGUUAACGACAUUUUCGAGCGUAUUGCUGCCGAGGCCUCCCGUUUGGCUCACUACAACAAACGCUCAACUAUUACCAGUCGGGAAAUCCAAACCGCAGUACGUCUUUUGCUGCCCGGCGAAUUGGCCAAGCACGCUGUCAGUGAGGGAACAAAAGCAGUUACAAAGUACACCAGCUCCAAGUAAAAUUUAGCUAGAUGUACAUUGUACGGGAAGCAAACAAAAGCAAAAGGCCCUUUUCAGGGCCACAAAUCGCCUUUUCAAGGAAUUUAAAAUAUUUUUAAAUAUCAGAAUAUAGAUAUAUCUUUCAGAAAAUUAACAAUUGUAAUCGACGAAAGUUUGGACUCGUUAUUUUAGAAUACAAGCACUCUGUUUUCGAAAUAAAAAAGAUAACUUAUUAUCCGUUGGCUACAGCAAAGGAUCAGUAUUCCAAACUACCCGAAUAAAAAUCUUCCGACUAGUAAUAUCUUUUGCAAAUAAUCCAUCAGCUCUCUUC